UAAUGCUGUUUAUGCAUGCAAAUGCUUGACCUCUUAAUUUUGAUAUUUUACAUUGGUUCUGUUUAGAUCCAUAGAAGCUCUGGUGUUGAAUGCACCUAUUACUAAUUCUGCCAUUCUUAAUGGAAUCCGAUUCCUCUUUAUGAUGAAUUUGCUUCUUGUAGGAAGUGAAGGGAAGAAAUAAAAUUUAGAUCCUGCUAAAAUGUCUGAGAAUUUCUUCAUCAGUAACGACAUCGAAUAGGAGAAUCCAACAGGCCUGCAAGGCACUGAAGCCUCUUGGCAUCUCCAAAACUACAGUAACAAAAAAAGCUAAAGGGACUACUAGAACUCUAUGAUUAUAACUGGAGCUUAUUGAAGAUGAGGGCUACAGAGUUCUGGUUGAUGCUAUAAUGGAGAAGUCAGAGGAAACUCAGGGAGUAAAGUCAAAGGAAAAAGCUUCGCCGCAUCACAAGUCUCGAGCAUCUGAACCUCCAUUAAAAACAGUGUGCACAAGAUAUCAGAAAACAAAGGCUGCAUCUAGACAAUAUGCAUUGCAAGAGUCCGAAGAGUUUGAAUCUCCAGUAAAAGAUUUGUACCUGGGACAAAAUAAAGAGGUUUCGGCUUCUGUUUCUGACUUCCACAAAGAAGCGGCGUGCCAGAUUAGUGCUGAACCAUCUUCAAAGUCUGAAGACUUCGAAAUUCCAUUGAAAAGAUCAGGCAUAAAAUGCUGGUUUGAGCAAUCUCCAAUUUCGAUGGAUACUUCUCAAUCGAAGUUUGAAAUAGUUCCAUACGGAAAGGGGCUACCGGAUGAUGAUGAGUUGUCCAAAAGCUGCAAUGACGAGAUCUUCCCUUGCUGUUAUGCUACGAUGGUGCUUCAAAUGAGAAUUAUUCCAAUUCCAAAGCAAAUACUUUGAAUUCAUGGAGACCAAAUUUGAAUAUGUGGAAGAUAAAGAUCUUCCCCAGCUCUUACAUGAGGACGGUUCAAGAAAGAACAAUGUUAAUGCCACAGCAGAAGAUUUCAAAUCCAUGGACACAGAAUCCAUAGAUUUGGGAGAUAAGGUUGAUAGUUUGUUGAAUUCACAUCUUAAU